AUUCAUUGUCCAAAUGGGUGUGUAUCCGCCUAGGUUUUGUUUAGGACAAACCCACUCGUUGAACGCAACGCAACCCCAUAAUCUGAUCUCUCUCUCUUCUCUCUCUGCUUUCAGAAGAAACCCUAACCCUAUAUUCAGUGUUUUGCAGGAAUUUCCAACAGUUUAAUCUAAUCGAAGUUCAGGUUGAUCCAAUUUUUGUCUUCACCAACCUGCUUCUUCUUCUUCUUCUUCUUCUGCUUAUUGCUCUUCAGAUCAGCCACUGCAAUGGGAAAGAAAAAGUCAGAUGAGAUGGGAGCCAGUACAAAGACUAAGCCAAGCAACAAAGACAUUUCCAAAGAUGGGAAUAAAGAGAAGCUCUCAGUCUCUGCCAUGCUUGCCAGCAUGGACCGGAAACCUGAAAAAUCUAAGAAAGUAUCUUCUUCAAGCUCUACUUCUAGUAAACCCAAGUCGAAAGCUGCUCCAAAAAAACCUUCUUAUAUUGAUGGCAUCGAUCUCCCUCCCUCUGAUGAUGAGGAUGGUGAUUAUGCCUCUGAAGAAGAGCAGCAAGCGAAUGCUGUUCAUAAAUUGCCCAGUCGGCAGCAGAGAAGCGACGCAAAGUCUCUUGACAUCUCCAUGACUGACAAAGAGUUGAGAAAACGAGAAAGGAAGGACAUCCUUGCUUCCCAUGUUGCUGAGCAGACCAAACAGGAAGCUCUUAAGGAUGAUCAUGAUGCUUUUACUGUCGUUAUUGGUAGUCGUGCCUCUGUUCUCGAUGGUGAAGAUGAAUCUGAUGCGAAUGUCAAGGAUAUAACAAUAGAUAACUUCUCUGUGUCCGCACGAGGAAAAGAACUCUUAAAAUAUGCAUCAGUGAAGAUAUCUCACGGGAAGAGGUAUGGAUUGGUUGGCCCUAAUGGAAAGGGAAAGUCUACUCUGUUAAAGCUCCUUGCUUGGAGGAAGAUUCCUGUACCAAAAAAUAUAGAUGUGCUUUUGGUUGAACAAGAGGUAGUUGGUGAUGAUCGAAGUGCCAUUGAAGCAGUUGUUUCAGCUAACGAAGAGCUCAUCAAGCUCCGACAAGAGGUUGCAUCUUUGCAGAAUUCUUCUUCCAUGGAUGAGAAUGAAGCUGAUGAUGAUGGUGAUGCGGAUGAUGCGGGAGAAAAGCUGGCUGAACUAUAUGAAAAAUUGCAGCUAAUGGGAUCGGAUGCUGCUGAGGCUCAGGCAUCGAAGAUUCUUGCUGGUUUAGGUUUCACCAAGGAUAUGCAGGGUCGUCCUACCCGGUCAUUUAGUGGUGGCUGGAGGAUGAGAAUUUCAUUGGCUAGGGCACUCUUCGUGCAGCCCACUUUACUGUUGUUGGAUGAGCCCACCAAUCAUCUUGACCUUAGGGCUGUUCUCUGGUUAGAAGAGUACUUGUGCAGGUGGAAGAAAACUCUGGUAGUCGUCUCGCAUGAUAGAGAUUUCCUCAACACAGUUUGCAAUGAGAUUAUUCAUCUUCAUGACCUGAAACUGCACUUAUACCGUGGGAAUUUUGAUGAGUUUGAAAGUGGAUAUGAGCAGCGUCGCAAAGAGAUGAACAAGAAGUUUGAGAUUUAUGACAAACAAUUGAAAGCUGCCAAGAGGUCUGGGAAUCGUGCUCAGCAGGAAAAGGUCAGAGAUCGAGCUAAAUCUGCUGCUGCCAGGGAAGUGUCAAAGAAAGCAAAGGGCAGGGUUGAUGAGGAUGAGCCUCUGCUAGAGGCCCCUCAGAAGUGGAGAGAUUACAGUGUAGAGUUUCACUUUCCUGAACCCACUGAACUAACACCACCACUUUUGCAGCUAAUUGAAGUCAGCUUCAGUUAUCCAAACCGCGAGGAUUUCAGGCUGUCUGACAUUGACGUUGGUAUCGAUAUGGGUACUCGUGUUGCUAUUGUUGGCCCCAACGGAGCUGGGAAAUCAACUUUGCUUAAUCUUCUUGCUGGAGACCUGGUCCCGAAUGUAGGUGAAGUACGAAGGAGUCAAAAGUUGAGGAUUGGGAGAUAUUCACAGCACUUUAUUGAUCUUUUGACAAUGGAUGAAACACCUGUUCAAUAUCUUCUUCGUCUUCAUCCAGAUCAAGAAGGACCCAGUAAGCAAGAGGCUGUCCGUGCAAAACUUGGGAAAUUUGGACUCCCUGGCCAUAAUCACACCACCCCAAUUGCAAAAUUAUCUGGGGGGCAGAAAUCGCGGGUUGUCUUCACCUCAAUAUCCAUGUCAAAUCCUCACAUUUUGCUAUUAGAUGAGCCUACAAAUCAUCUGGAUAUGCAGAGCAUUGAUGCACUGGCUGAUGCGCUUGAUGAGUUUACAGGUGGGGUUGUCUUAGUCAGUCAUGAUUCUAGGCUAAUAUCACGUGUUUGUGAUGACGAAGAGAGGAGUGAAAUCUGGGUAGUUGAGAAUGGAACUGUGGAGAGUUUCCCACGUACAUUUGAGGAGUACAAGGAGGAGCUCCAGAGGGAAAUCAAAGCGGAAGUUGAUGACUGAUGCGGCAUUGUGAAAUAGGUAUUAGUUGUGUCAAAUACAUGAUGAGGUUACCCUUUGAAUUUUCUUAUUGAACUUAAUUUUACAAGUGACUUACUAUUAUACAAGUGAAUUUAUUUAUGAUUUAUGAGUGUAAUCUCUUUUGUUCCGGAUUUAGGAAGCAGACACCGAGUUUAUUUGUACAAACUUGUUUCAUUUUUGCCUUGUUAGGUCAUGUAAUCGUAUGUUCACUGAAUUGUUUCAUAUGAA